UUGCGCUGCCUCCACCACGACCGCUCAGUGGGAGCAGUGCGGUGAAGCCAUUCACACGGUUCACACACGCUCGCGCGCUCACCCCGCUGUCGGCGGUGGUGCUUCUCCUUCGGGCAGCCCGACGGAGCGCUCCCGCUUGUCUGCUCUGCCGCCUCCGUCGUUUAAAGGCGUCGCGGCAGCAUCGUCUCUGUUUGCCGAUAUACACUUUCUCGGCGUCUUUCUUUUUUUCUUCUUCUUCUUUCGGUCGUCCCGGCUCCGCCACGCUCUUCCUUUCUCCCUGAAGCGGAAAUUUCCGGCCCGAGAAGCGGUCGCCGCCGAGUUGGCGAGUGACGACGUCUUGACGCCACCCACGCCGCCGACGCCGCCUCCGUGUCGCCAGCUCCGUUCGAGCGAUUCCCCCCUGCUGUCGUCUUUGUUGUUCUCGCUACCCCAGCUUUCCCGGAGCUCUGUCUCUUCUCUGCAGUCUGGCGUGUCGCUGACUGAGACGUUGAGCGAAGAGUGUGCCGUCUUUUAAAUCGCCGUUUUGUCGGUGGCUUGGCCAGUUUGACGCGUUGGAGACCGGCGUCUCAAUCGGCCUUUGCUGUGCUUGUGGAUGAGAAGAGGUGACCGCUGACAGCUCUCGGAAGCCCAACCGAGCAUCCCUAAUUGCAGUGACUUUCUUUUCUUUUUCCGCCCGAAGCAGACGCGUGUGUCUGAGUGAAAAUACCUCGCGACAGCACCGUGGGACGUCAAACUCGAUUAAACCCCGUGUGAACCAGAAAUUGAUUUUGCGGAGUGAAGUGUUGGCUUCUUCUUUGCUGUUUCGCUUCCUAAACGACUGAAGUUUUUGUCACUUCCGGGUGACUUGUAUCAACCGGACAAGUCAUCACUCGAUGAUGUUGACACUUUUGUUCGUGCCGCAUGAUCCACGCCACAGGAUUUUAAGACGCGCUGACUUUUGUGCGUGUACUGCAGUGUGACGUUGUUCCCCACCCCCCUGGAUACAUUUCCGUCUGGAUUCGGUGGAAUUCGUGCCCCGUGAAGCACCACCCUAUCGACCAGGAAAUCAAGGCCCAGCCUUUUUUUAUAUAGGGGUGGUAUUGCGUGAGCGGUAAUCGAAACUGCGUGGUUUGUGUCGAGAGUUACUGCGUAGAGCGACUGCUUCUGCAAUUUUACCCGCCUGGUGCAGUCACUUCUAAAAUAGAAGAACCGGUGUUCUGGAAUACGCAACGGAUUUUAAACAGCUUUAAGUACUCUUGGUGAACGUUGCCCUCAUUUUUCGCGAGCAAUUGCUGUGUUGUGCAGACUGUAGUAGAUUCCAAUGGAUUUCCUUCUGCUGACAAAUUAGAACUAGUGCGAACGAAGACAAUAUCGCACACUGGUUCGCAAAAGACUGACGUCGUUUUAAGGGUGAUGACGCUUCCUAGAGGAAUUGUGCACUGUGCCCCCACUUGAAGGAACGAUACGCAACACAGAAGGAUUGUCCCGGUUGGCCAUUCACCGUGAGGAUUGAGACAUCGCAGAACUGGCUCAUCAGGUCACAACCAGGUCGUUUUUACAACAGCAUAAUUGCAAAGGUUGUGAAACAAUGGAGACCGAUGCAGAGGACCACAAUUACAGGCACCGCUCUGGACUCGAUGGCGGCCGUGUGAGUGGCAUUAGCGUCACCGAGCGAAGUGGUGGAGGGGACAUCUUCCAAAUCACCGGAAAUGCUCCGGCGCGGCUGUCAUCCGAAGGCAAGCGGCAUGCGCAGGACCACGGUCGGCAUCACCACCAUAAUCAGCAGCAGCAUCACCAUCAUCACCAGGGCCAACACCGGCAGUCCUGCAGUCGUCACUCAAUCGAUGCCACGUGCCGAAACAACAAUAUUGUGAUCUCUCCCACGGAUUUCUUCCAACUGGAACAGGUGGACGAGAAGUCCAGAAGAGGGCUGAGCCUGGGCAACCUGUUCUCCACGGGUAACCACCACGCUUACACGGCGCUUACCAGAGCUCUGGACUCUGGAAGUUCGCUCAAGUCGCCGCUCGAUUCUUGUGGCGAGUCCUGCAUCCUCGACACCAGCGGCAGUACGACGGCGUUGCUGGAGACCGUGGAAAAAAGCAGUCGCGCGGGAGGCCGAGCCAAAAAGAGGAGCCUCGGAGACGAGCAAGACGACUGCUGCGACUCGGCGUUCCCCUCCGGCUGGAACUGGCCAGCCAUCCGGAUCGGCUGCCUCCUGCUCUGCGUGUCCUGCCUUGUUGCGGUGCUGUGCAUCGUCGUGGGUGUCCUGCUGCUCCGGCCUUCGUCCUGCGACCCUCCCAGGCAGUGGUGGCAGGGUGCUGUGAUGUACGAAGUGUUCGUCGCCUCGUUCGUAGACUCUGACGGAGACGGGUUUGGCGACUUCCAGGGUCUAUUGUCGCGGCUUGACUAUAUCCGCCACCGAAUUGGAGCGUCGGCCAUCCGGCUGACGUCGGUUUUCAGCGCACUCGACUACCCACUUGAGUAUGAGCACAUCAUUGAUUUCGACAACGUCGACCCGCACCUGGGUCACAUGGAGGACUUUGCGGCCUUCGUCCAGAGGGCGCAUGACCUAGGCCUCCGAGUGGUGCUGGACAUCAACCCCACGGUGACCAGCGACCAACACUCGUGGGGUGCCCACUGGCUACUGGACCCGUACGGGGAGUACGCCAACUACUACGUGCUCGCGAACGAAUCAGCAAUAAUGAACAAUGGCGUCGACGAAUGGGAGGAUGCUGACGACGACGAUCGGCGCGACCCUCAGCGGCCAUUCGGGAACCAACUAUACCUGAACUGGUCUCACCCAGAAGUACAGCGGCAGGUCAUGCGCUCGCUGUCCAUCUGGCUCGAAAAAGGAGUGGACGGAUUCAACCUAAAACAUCUGGACAGGUUGCAGGUUUCAGACGACCGCGAACUCUACGAGGUUCUUCUGGCUUGGCGCCGACUUCUGGACGAGCAGGACUACGCGGACGAGCGUGGCCGAAUCCUCAUGACGUCCUUCAACCUCGCUCAGGAGCUGGCCGACAGGGACUCUCUUUUCACCCAGCCAAUCACUGCCCUCUUCGACCUUCUCGAUGUCCACGUGCCCCUCGAGGGUGGACCGGACAAUGUAACGCAGAUCAUCGCGUCGCGUUACGCGCACGUAACGCAGCAGAUGAGACUCGAUGGCCGCGGCACUCGUGGUGUAGUAGUUACCGAUGAGAACGUCACUGGUGUGCACAGCGGCAGUGAACGACACUGUGGUGGAGUUGUCAACAUGGCAGCGGACCCCUGGUUGAGCUGGAACCUUGGUGAUUCGGAGAGCCCACGGCUGGCGUCGAGACUCGUAGACGUCGACCCACUGGCGGCCCUCUUCACCCUCUGGGGCAUGCCGGGGACGGUGUCCUUGUUUUACGGUGACGAGAUCGGCAUGAAAGAUUCACUGGACCAAUCGACCGGACGUCCGUUCCGGACGGGCCAGCUGGGACCGAUGCAGUGGAGCGAUGCGACUCACGCCAACUUUUCUUCUCCGGCAGCAAGACCGUGGAUGCCGGCUCAUCCUGACCACGUUAUCAGGAACGUGGACAAUGCCAGCGAAGUCAUCGACACACUCGCCAGGGCCGCGGAACUGAGAAGCACGGUGGUCACGCUGUACAUGGCGGGUGUGCCGUCGCUUCGACACCGACGGUGCAACACGAAGCUUGUGCGCCGCUGCGGAGAGGUGUUCGCCAUCGAACGUUUCUAUCCGCGUCGCGCCCGCUACGCCGUGGUGGCAAACUUUGCGCCCAGAGGAGUCACCCGCGAUCUCUCUGACCUCGGGUUCGAAGGGAACGUGGUGGCGGGAACGUGCUCCAGCCUCCCUACCCGUGUCAACUUUCGCGAGCUCUACUUGGAGCCUGGUGAAGCACUCUACGUGGAGAUCACCAGUUGAAGAGCGAGACAGAAAUUUUCGAGGUGACGCGACGUGACAGGUCAUUCCAGCCACUGCAAACAGACGUGUUCGUUGUCAGACCAGCCUUGCGCGAGUGCUCGUAUGUGAACAUUUGGGCGGCAGCGACUCGAGUUUCCAUUCAUGUUGAGGAGUGCUUCGAGAAAGCCGUUUGAGAAAAGGAACGGCCGGUGGUGAUGUGAAUAGACAGUGAUUCCACUGACUCCUCGUGGCAUUUCUUUUUGCCAGGCCAUUCUUUCGUGAGACAUCACAUGUGAACAUUUGGGAGGUGAUGACGAGAGAGUCCAUUCAUAUGAAGAAGGUUCUUUGACACAGGUAUUUGAUGUGGUAGUGACCCGGCGUAACUGUCAUUCUACCUGCUCAGUCAAGAACUGCAUGUGAGGCCAUGUUUGCGUGAAUCAUUGCUCGCACGCGUUUGGCGGCAUUUAAAACAGAGUUGGCUCGUGCAGAGGAGUACCUCGAGGCAACCAUUAGACACAAAUAACGCUUGGUGGUAAUAUGACGUAGCGAUCCCCAUAUCCUCCUUAAAAACUGGACGGAAUGUUUUUUAAACUUUUUUCUCUUGUGUUCCAGCCCCCGUGAAUGUCUGUGCGACUAUGGUUGAAGCAAAUAUGCGGAGGACAUUAGUACGUGGGUGCUUCAAGGACACAAUUUUGUUGUGACAAAGCUGUUAAGGUUGCUGUCAGCAAUACUGUGGAAUGUACAAUUGAGGUUGAAAGAAACUGCUCGCCCUUCCUUUACAAAUACUCAACGUCAGAGCACAUACUGAGGUGCCGAAAAACACCGCAGCAUCUCUUCAAAUCUACUGAAGAGGAUUCACGUCACCCGAACAAUUACCGUCAAGAAGGAAAACACUUUGUGUCUGAAGCUAGACUUAAGACAUUACGAGAUGUGUCCCUUUUACAAAGUGCUAUGUGGUUCGUCAGAAUCCAUGGUAAAUGACUAUAUAUACUGGUAAAUACCAAGUUCUAGGCUUAAAGGAAUGCUGGACGGGGAGACGCAUUUGUGAAAUCAGCAAUGCCAGAGCCAGAAAACUUAUAUCGGUAACACAGAUUUGUACACGUCUACCACGAAGAUUACAUAACUAGUAUCGAGAGAUUUUGGGUGAUGCCAGUCUGCCAGAAUAGGUGGCAUCGUAGGUCUGAACUGAAACUGAAAAUGAACAAAGGUGAGACACAGUGAGUCGUCUAAAAUGCAAUACACGAGGUACAGCAGAGCUACAGAGUUACUUCGUCAUUAGCUUCACUACAAUAAGCUUACAGUAGGGAGGAAGCUUGCUCAUUGGUACUACCAUUAUAGCGUGGUUUCGGUUAUCCCGUAUGGACGACCUAAUGGAAGAGACAGCCUGUUCAAGAAUAAACAUGGUGGGCGGUAAGUAGCCGCGUCAGUGAUCUUGGACACGGAUAAUAUUUUUGCCAAGAUUGAGGGUAUUGUAAUGACGCACAAAGCAGAUGGCGCAGGCUUACAACUGUGUACCCCUGCCAUUUUUAGUGUUUCCAUCACAAGGCUUUGAAUGAUACAACCAGUGGUCACAAAGGCACUCGCUUUUCAGUAUGAAGACCGAUACCCAUCUGAAGUGUGUUUUAGCGAGCGUAGUGUACGCCUACAGAGGGCCGGCUACGGCAAAUGUCCCAAAUACCUCAUGUUGUGCGUGCUAAAGUGAACAUAAGGGUAAGCACAUGAACAAUUUAAUCGGACUCUCCGAGCGAAAUUGGCAUUUGAUUGUGCAUCAUAUACGAAUGAAGCCACGACAUAUGUCAUUACACUACAUUAAACUCGGGUUGCUUGCGUGUGGCAAUACUGGAUGAAGUGUGCCUAGUGGAGUUCUUCUAGAGUGAGGAACAAUAGUUCAUGCACCCAAGCAGACCUACUUUGCCAUAGAGAUGCGUCCCAAGAACGGCGUAGGAGAGAACGUACAGUAACUGAACUCUGAAAACUCGCUCUCACAAUGACAGUUUAGGUUACAUGCCUUGGGCUCGACAACAUGUAGCCUUUGAUUAGCUCGUGUAAUGGAAAUAGAUACGUGGGAACGAAAUAUUCUGAGCAAGAGCUUUUAUUCCUUUGCACUCAGGACAUUUAUCUUUUUUUUUUUUGAGGAACAUCGCGCAAACAAAUACAUUUGAGGACGGCUUUUACCGUUUAUUGGAAAUGCCGACUUAUUAUUUACCUCUUAUUUUUCCGUGAACGUUGAAAUGCACAUCUGAUACUGCUUAAACCAACGUCAGAAGAGUGAUUAGAAGUGAAGGGAAAGUUUUAUCUCUGAAAGUUAUAUUCACAUUGAUUUUCACUCACAUAGCUUUUUACUUGAGUUUCAGUAGAAAAAUGCACAUUGUAAAAAAUGAAGCAUCCUUUACUACGGAAUAACCUUCAACUACAAACAACACUGUGGUGAAGAGUUAGUUCUUUGUACAUUCAGAGAGCCAAGGCACUAAAUUUUCGAAAUUAGUUCUGAAACUAUUAAUGUUGGUUUGCAUGAUAUGGUUGUUAUUUCCUAAGUCAUAAACAACUUUAGUUGGACAGCUUAUUAUAAUGAAGAAAGUGAGUGGACACUGUCAUUGAUACCACGUAGGAUUUAGCAGCGGCCGAACAAAAAAAAAAAAAAGAUUCCAUGGACUGUUUCCUGUGCUUGCCCAACCAGCUGUGACAGCUCAUGCCUAUUGUACAUAAUGUAACAAAUGGUAAGUAGGAAGCCUUGUUGCGUAUCGCUGUGUCACACAUGACAUGAAUCAAGAUUGUAAGCCUUGCGAUUGUAGAGCUAGAACCCGCCUACACACCUCUUAAAAUCAUCAGAUCAGAAGGCAAUGCUCCAACGUUCAAUUUUUUUUCUUUAUAAAGAAGAGUUGUCUGAAGUAUGACAUGAACUGGGAUAAAUAAACGUUCUAUUUACUGUAAAA